AUGUAUCUUUCUUCAGACUGCUCCCCGUAUACACCCGGCGGUUACUUGGGUCGGCUACUUGGCCCAAAUCCUCCAAAUCUCCCAAACUUGAAGCAACUAUCACUACAUGUCGAUGUUAUGGUGGAAUCUAUCAGUGUUUCGCCUUUGCCUUGUCCAAGCGAGGACUUACAAUAUGCUCUAUAUUCCCUAGCCUCAGCACCAUUCCGCACCUUCGUACAGAUAAGCUUCUGCUGUGCGCAGUUUCGUGAAAGUGAUGUAAGAGCUCGAAGUUACUUGAUCGCCGGUAUGGAACAGACGCUGAAAGCAGCUGCUGAAGCCGGGGCUGAUACGGAGUUUGAGGUGGAGCCGGAAGAAGGCUAUGUUGACAUGACGAUCGAAAAGGGCCGUGUUGAAUACACAUUUGCUUUCUUCUACUACAAU